GAUAUUUUGAGUGGUGUUCAGAAAAUCUGAACAAUCAUUAGUUUCCUCUCUCUCUACUUGAGUUCUUUCCUCGUCCUUCUUUCCUAAAGUAACAGCUCGAAUAUUCAUGAACAUUGUUGGGAAAAGAGAGACAGGCAUAGAGACUAUGGAGAAAAAUGAGAUGGAAAGUGUGAAAAGCAAUGAGAAAAGUGUGACGGAUGAUGAUCCAAAGAUUAACUACAAAGGAUGGAAGGUCAUGCCCUUCAUCAUUGGGAAUGAAACUUUUGAGAAGCUAGGAACCAUUGGCACCUUAGCCAACCUCUUAGUCUAUCUUACAACUGUCUUCAACCUGAGCAAUAUUACAGCUACAAAUAUUGUCAACAUCUUCAGUGGCAGCGCCAAUCUAGCUACCUUGGCAGGAGCUUUUCUUUGUGACACAUAUUUUGGUCGUUACAAGACACUGGCAUUCAGCACAUUUGCUUCCUUUCUGGGGUUGCUUGUUAUACAAUUAACAGCAUGGAUCAAGAAUAUGCAUCCACCUCAAUGUGGAAAGGAGAGCAGUACAUGCAUAGGGCCAACUACGGGGCAAAUGGCAUUUCUACUGGUUGGAUUUGGAUUUCUGAUCGUAGGAGCUGCAGGGAUCCGACCUUGUAACUUGGCAUUUGGGGCUGAUCAGUUUAACCCCAAGACUGAGUCUGGCAAGAAGGGAAUCAACAGCUUCUUCAAUUGGUACUUCUUUACCUUCACUUUUGCCCAGAUGGUUUCCUUAUCACUGAUCGUCUACAUACAGUCAAACGUGAGCUGGUCAAUAGGUUUGGGAAUUCCUGCUGCUUUGAUGCUGUUGUCAUGCGUAGUCUUUUUUGUGGGAAGCAAAUCAUAUGUGAAAGUUAAAGCAACAGGUAGUCCAGUAACAAGUAUAGUUCAAGUUAUAGUUGCAGCUAUAAAGAAAAGGCGACUAAAUCUACAAGAAUAUCCAUUGGUUUCACUCUUUAUCUAUAUCUCUCCCCAAUCUAUUAACUCCAAGCUUCCUUACACGUCUCAAUUCAGGUUCCUUGACAAAGCUGCUAUUAUAACCCCACAAGAUCAUAUAAACCCGGACGGGUCUGCAUUUGAUCCCUGGAAUCUUUGCAGUAUGCAGCAAGUGGAAGAGGUGAAAUGCUUGCUAAGAGUAAUCCCCAUUUGGGUUUCGGGCAUUUUCUACUAUGUUGCUAUUGUGCAACAGAACACAGUGUCAGUGUUCCAAGCCCUUCAAGCUGAUAGACGCAUUUUUAACACUAAUUUCAAGAUCCCAGCAGCUUCUUAUAUUAUCUUCAUGAUGCUGAGCUUGACUAUAUGGUUACCCAUCUAUGACCGAAAAAUUGUACCUACUUUCCAAAGGCUCACUAAAAGAGAGGGCGGCAUUACUCUUCUUCAAAGGAUGGGCAUUGGCAUGUUUAUCUCUAUAAUCUGCAUGAUAGUAUCUGGUGUGGUUGAAGAGCGCCGAAGGACUAUGGCUCUUACCAAGCCUGUUGGAGUAGAACCAAGAAAAGGUGCCAUUUCUUCAAUGUCAGGUCUAUGGUUGAUUCCUCAGCUAACGUUGGCAGGACUAUCUGAUGCAUUUACGUUGGUGGGACAAGUUGAAUUUUACUAUAAACAAUUCCCUGAAAACAUGAGAAGCCUUGCAGGGUCUCUUUUUUUCUGUGGUCUGGCAGGAUCAAGUUAUUUGAGUAGUUUGCUGAUUUCCAUUAUCCAUCAGAUGACAGCCAAUUCUGCUACAGGGAAUUGGUUACCACAGGAUCUCAACAAGGGGAGAUUAGAUUACUUUUAUUACAUAAUAACUGGUCUAGAAGUCAUUAAUUUUGGUUACUUCUUAUUAUGUGCAAAGUGGUAUAAGUACAAAGGGGUUGGUACUAGCAGUAGUAGCCUAGAACUCAAUCAAGCUAGUAUGAAACAAUCUGAAAUGAACUGUUAAUGUUAUCUAUGAUAAGGU